UACCAUGAUGCCACCAUUUUCCAGUCAUCUGGACAACGAAACAAAGGUAGACUUGGAUGCGGCCUUCCUCUAUGAUGCUGUUCUCCUUUAUGCCCUAGCUCUGAAUCGAACUCUGGCCUCCGAGGGAAAUAUUUCACAGGUAUCAGAACACCUGUUUGGUUGGGAAUUUGAAGGUAUCGAUGGCCUUGUGGUUGUUGACCAUAACGGAGACCGUAGGCCGAACUAUGUCUUAAGGAAUUAUGUAUCUGGAAGCUAUGUGACCGUCGCUCACCAUUUACGGGCGUGGCCAUUGAAGCUGAACGAUGAUAAUGUUCUCUAUAUGACUUCGUUUGACAAUAGUCAAUGUGGAAGUAGCUUGAUGAAUUAUGACCAGAUCUUCUGCCAGACAGCUUUGUAUCGAGGGGGCUUGGUUUGCCUGAAGCACUUGGAAACUCGACACGUGGUUCUGAACAAGGACGUGCUUCGUGAACUAAACACGACCAGAGAAUUAAAACACCAAAACGUGAACGCGUUCUUUGGAGCCUGUGUGGAUACCAAACACGCAAUGCUGGUCACAGCGUACUGUCAUAAGGGAAGCCUUCUAGAUAUCCUUGGCAGCGACAAGAUCAAACUGGAUCAACUUUUCAAAGUGUCGUUUGCGUUGGACAUAGCAAAGGUUCAUUUCGUGACCUCUGCAGGCAAGUUUGAAAACUCAAUAAGGUCUAUAAGUUUUGUAGACUUAGGAUGGGAUAUAAAUAGGUUGUUGUCAUUAUUGCAGGGUAUGGAAUACAUUCAUCGAUCAGAUAUCCAGGUUCACGGGCGCCUGACUUCCUCCAAUGUACUCAUCGACAACAGAUGGCAAUGUAAGGUGACCGAUUUCGGCUUGUUUUCCAUCUUACCGCGGGAGGAUCCAAAGAACUGUGGAGAAUUCGCCUCUUAUCAAAAGAAACUUUGGUUGGCCCCAGAGCAUCUGCGGACCCCUCAGCCGGGCAGAAGUGUCCAGGGGGACGUGUACUCCUAUGGCAUCCUUCUCCAGGAGAUAGCUCUACAGGCCGGUCCUUAUGACAACGAGGCGGAAGAACCAAAAGUCAUUGUUGAGCGUGUGAAGUUGGGCUCUCAACCGCCGUUCCGCCCCAGGGUUUCGCCUCUGGCCUGCCCUGACAGUUUCCAUCGCCUGAUGACCCAAUGUUGGACAGAGAACCCAGGCGACAGACCAACUUUCAAAACCAUUCUGGCGAGUUUAAAAACCAUGAAUACAGGGGGGAACAUAAUGGACAAUAUGAUACAUAUGAUGGAGAAGUACGCUACUCGUCUGGAGGACAUUGUAGAGGAGAGGACCAAACUUCUGGUACAAGAGCAGGCGAAAACAGAGAAUCUAUUGUCCAGGAUGUUGCCUAAGCUCGUAGCUGAUGAGCUGAAGGCAGGAAGGACAGUCACGCCAGAAUAUUUUGAGGCAGUAACUAUCUACUUCAGCGAUAUUGUUGGAUUCACAGCCCUCUCAUCAAGAAGUACACCUAUGCAGGUUGUUGGAUUCCUCAAUGAUUUGUACACGUGCUUCGACACCAUCAUCGAGAGCUACGACGUGUAUAAGGUGGAAACUAUUGGCGACGCCUACAUGGUAGUAAGUGGUCUGCCUCAAAGGAACGGAAACCGCCAUGCUGGGGAAAUAGCCAGUAUGUCACUAGACCUACUCGUCGCGGUGGGCAGUCUAAAAAUACGCCACCUUCCCGAAGAGAAACUAAAACUGCGAAUCGGCUUACAUACAGGAUCCUGUGUGGCAGGGGUGGUAGGGCUGAAGAUGCCAAGGUACUGUCUCUUUGGCGACACAGUCAACUACGCCUCCAGGAUGGAAUCUAAUGGAUUGCCUUUGAAGAUACACAUGAGCCCCGAGUGUAAUGCAGCGCUGAUGGCCUUAGGUGGUUACCAGACUGUGGAAAGAGGAGAGGUAACUCUCAAGGGCAAAGGAACAAUCAUUUCAUACUUCUUGGAAGGACGAGAUGGGUUUGACAAAGUUCUGCCAGCAGUCAACGGGAUUUGA